CAAACUGAUGAUAAAGUUGAUAGUUUUGAUAUGUUUACAUUAUUAACUAAAUGUAAUGAUAAAGAAUUUUUAUCAAUUUAUAAUGGUGCUAUGACAACAAUGUCAAUAGAAGCAGGUAUUAAAUUAGUUGAUGGUAUUGAUUUUAGUCGAUUUAAAACUAUAGUUGAUCUUGGAGGAAAUCGUGGAAUAUUUUUAGCACAAAUUCUUAAAAAAUAUUCAAAUAUUCAAUAUGGAAUUGUUUUCGAUUUAUCUCCAAUUAUUAAUGAAGUUAAUAAUGGUGAAGAAUUCAUAUCACGUGAAGUAUCUAAUGAUAAAUGGAGUUUUAUUUCUGGUGAUAUGCUUGAUUUCUUGAUUGUUCCAGUAGCCGAUGCAUAUAUACUUAAACAUAUUUUACAUGGUUUUAACGAUAAUAAAUGUUUAAAAGUUUUAUCAUCAAUUCGUCAAGCAAAUGAAAAUAAAAAAAAUUCAUUAAUAACAAUUUUUAUUGUUGAACAUAUUAUUUUCCCAGAAGGUGCUACAAGUAAUUGGCAAACAUACGGACUUGAUAUGGCUAUGGCUAUUCUAACUGAUAAUGGAAGAGAAAGAACACAAUAUGAAUAUGAAGAUUUAUUAAAUAAAACUGGAUGGAAAUUUAUUAAAUUAUAUCCUAUUCAAGCACCCAAUUCAGUUAUUGAAGCUCAAUUUUAUUGUUAA